UCCUUAUUCACCAAGUCUUAAAUAGUCAAAAUAAGAUAAAUAAAUAAAUAAACAUACAGGUGCAACAAUGGCCAGUGAUUGGGAGUGUGUACCACGAAGUUACGAAGUUACCAAAAACUAUUUACAAAGUUUUCAUACAUUCGAUCAUCCACUAAAAGUGUCUACAGUCACUAUGGUUGAUAGUAAAGGUACGCGUGUAAGUUCCUCAAGCAUUUCACUUCUAAAUGAUCCGUUACUGUUAACUUUGGAUGGUACGGAUCCUCUGUCACAGUUUGCGCGACAGGAACAAGAAUUAAUAGAUCCUUUGACACAAAUGGCUUCAGAAUAUGUAGGUGAAACGUUUCAAAAAUCAAAAACUAAAAAACGUGAAAAAGACGUUAGUUUAGCAGAUGAUAGCUUCAACUGGAAUGCGAAGCGUUUAAGUAUAUUAAAUAAGUUUACCACUUCGGAAAAACUGUCAAUUUCUACAAGUUUUUUAAGUGUGAGUAAUGCAGGAACGGGUACAGAUGCUAUUAAAGUUCACACAGUCGUCUCGGAUAAAUUGAAAUUUCGUUUGGAACAACUGGAUGAUUUUGAAGAUACGUCGAUACGUCAUUUAAUGGAUUUAACUCAACAAGAUUAUAUACAACGUAUCGAACAGUUAAAUCAAGAAUUAGUUCAAUCUUGGCAUAAUGAUCAACGCGUGAAAGCUCUAAAAAUUGCUAUACAAUGUUCUAAAAUGUUAUCAGAUACUUCAGUUCUAUCAUUCUAUCCCAGCCAAUUCGUGUUGAUUACCGACAUCCUGGAUAUCUUUGGCAAGCUGGUAUAUGAACGUCUCAAACAAAAAGCUUAUUCCGGACCAGAGUCAUCUCGCCAGCUAAACACUGAAAGUGCCCGUGAUACUUGUCAAAAUUGGUUUUUCAAGGUAGCUUCCAUUAGGGAGCUACUACCUCGUCUUUAUGUGGAGAUAGCCAUAUUGAAAUGUUACGAAUUCCUAAAUGAAUGUUCUUAUGAAAAUAUAUUACAACGCUUAACGCUCAUGAUUCGUGGAAUUGGAGAUCCUUUAAUAGCUGUAUACGUACGAUGUUAUCUGGUAAGAAUAGGUGCAACUGUCACAUCUAUCAAAGAGUACAUGUACAAUAAUUUCAAGGAUUUUCUCACAAUCUACCAAUCUAACCAAAUGAUAUUUGCUGGUUCUAUACGGUCCGAAUUAAACCGUCAGCGUGUAGAUAUGACCAAAUAUUUAUCUCUCUAUGGUCCUGCUGUUAAUUUCAUUUUACAAGCCGUAGCUUAUAAAAAUAACUUCUAUACGGAAGAAAUCGUGAAGCAAGUAAAAACUAUUAAAAACAAUGGUCCUAUAUUAAUGGCCAUCCUACAAGCGCUUACGUCAGAAUUUAUAGCCGCUCGUGCUUCGGAAAUUGUUCAUCUUUUAUCUCAGUCUCAUACGGAAGGUAUUUCAAAAUCGCAAUUGUUUCGCGCAUUGGGUCUUAGCAUGUCAGUAUGUGUCCCUUUGUGCGAAGAACGUUCAGGAUUCCUCAAGGAAGCUUUCCUUACCAUAAACACAUUUACCGAUCCCAGUGAAUACAUAACUUGUGUGGAGACUUGGUCACAAUUUAUAGCCAGUAAUUUUCCGAUAAGUGAAACUAAUCGUCUCCUACAUGAAAUUAUUACACGUCUGUCUUCAACAAAGAUUUGUGAGAAACAUUUUCAACAAUUGCAUAACAUUUUAGAUAAAAUUUUAGAAAAUCAAAAGAAUAUAGAAUUGCUGCUAAUACAGGAAAACUUUUUGCCGUUUUUAGAUUUAUUUCAUAAAGACGCGGUGAAAUCGGAAGCCUGUAAACGCAUUUUGAUAGUAUAUAAACGCAAUAGUCAUGAAUAUACUACGGAUCCCGUGGUCAUUAGUGCUUUAAUGUACAUUGGAAAAAUCUUAAACGAUUCUUUAACCGCUCUUACUGUGGCGGACGAGAAACGUCAAAUCUCUCAGUUGAUAAGCAAUUUCAUACGCAAAGUUUACUUUGGUCGUGAUCUCGAGUGUCAGCUAAGCUUCUAUGUUGAAGCUCGUGGCACGUUCUCUAACUUGGAUACUGUUUAUGGCACCUUGGUACAGAAUGUUAAUAAAUUAGCUAUGGAAGCCUACAGUAUUGUACACAGUCAACGAACACGUAAAACUCAGGCUUUUGCUAAAGCCUGCAUAGCCUUUUCAUUUAUUACUAUCCCAAGCAUAUCUUGCAUAUGCCAGCAAAUGGACUUAUAUAUGCUAAGCGGUCAAGUAGCUUUGGUUAAUCAAUGUAUGGGCCAAGCUGAUGCUUGCUUUGAGGCUGCUUUAAAUUUAAUAGCUGAAUUACCCACUGCAUUAGAAAUAGAUGGUAAAGUGAAACCCAUGGAUUCUUAUGUAGUCUCAUAUUUAAGCAAUAUGUUGGCUACGCUGGUUGUAGUACCCGAUAGUCCAGAAGAAGGAGUUUUAUAUUUAUUACGCCUUUUACUUGAUGUUAUACAGAAAUUUUCCUUUGCCGCAAAUUCCCUCGGACCAGUUACUGUAUAUUUAAACGUCUUGGAUAUGUUAUAUGUGCAAAGUUUAGAGGACUUUCCUUAUCAUAUAACAGGAGUUAUAUCCAAUGAUGAAUUGUACGGUCGUGAUCCAAAAUUUCUAAACGAAGUUAAUAAUUUAUGUGUUUAUGUAGUGGAAAAAAUUCUGCAGCAAUUAAAACAAUUGGGUGCAGAACAACAGUAUAAGAUGCAAACAAUUUUAUCUUUAGAAUUGAUGUUACGUAUAAUACGUUAUGCCAACUUAUACAAAGAACAGACUUUCCAAUUAGCCCUUAAUUUAUGGUUAUUGGCUAGAAAACAUGAAUCCCUGUUGGAUGUAAAACAUUUUCCUCGUAUUAUAAAAGCAAUUGAAAAUAUUUAUAAUUUAACGAAGGAUACCAAUACGAAGCACGCUCAAAGUUUACAUCAAUUUAUGGAACAUAUAAAUCACAAAUAAAGAUGUGUAAGAGAGUACAUGUUGUUUUAUUAGGUCCAAAAAACCUUUGAUCUGCCCACGUUCUGUUAUAAGCAUGUCUAAGAGGCCUUUAAAUAAACGAGGGAACGACCGUUACACGGGAAGCACAUCCACCGCAUUUUUAUAAGAAAAGCUUUCCCAGAAAAAGUUCGACAGUUUCGGCAAUCAGGAGAGCGUAGUGAAGCCAACCUGAAGCUCCUUUUUAGUCGUCAUACGUGCUGUACAAAGAACACAACGUACUGAGAACAAGCUUUUCCGUAGUCGACCCUAGUAAAUAUAAAGUAUUUGAUAGAGAGUCCAUUUGCUAUUCUACGAUGCGACUUGAAAGAAUAAUGAUUCCACAUUCACUUUAUUCUUCUGUUUCUUUAAAAACUGACGAUUCUUAAAUAUUUUGUUGAUCGUUGACAGCAAUAAAGGACAGAAGGCAUGUUGAUAAAGGACAGAAACAAUACGCGCUGAAAAUGAUGGAGAUCAAGAUCGGCGCAGCACAGCCGGAACUCUAUUACAAAAGCUCUUUGGUUAACAAGCUUUUCGCCAGUAGGUUAUUUGGUGAAUAUUUAGCCAAUAAAUGAAUGUGACAAAGCCUUAAUAAAAACUAAUGUAUAGUUUUUGUGUUUUUAGUUUUUUUUUUAUUGGAAAAAGAAUUUUUUUAUUUAUUUAAAUAUAUAUUCUUAUGAUCAAAAUGAUACGUUGCUCUAGAUUUCACUUCAUGUGCGUGUAGGGUGUUGUAUAUAUCGGUUCGGUAUGGGAAUGCCUAUUGUCGUAGGUGAACAAGUUUGUAAGUGCCUGUGUGUAUAUAUAUGUCGAUGUGUAUAUUCGUGUCUGUGCGCCUGUGGAUAAGAGUUGAGAAACAAAAAACAUGUAGUUUCUAAGCUUUGUUUCUUUAAAUACAACACUCUACCAUUUUUACUUAUUUUUUUCCUUUUGGUAAACAAAACAAAAACUAACUCAUUACUAUAAGCUACUGAAACGGAGAAAGAAUUUAAGAGGAUUAUUUAAAACUAGAAACAGGAAAGAAAUGAAUUUCGCAAAGUUUUAUAGAAAAACAGCUGCUUUAGAAAACUUCUGCGUUUUAA